AUGUAUCCCUUGGAUAUCAACAGAAUAGCUUGCAUUGGAGCUGGGUUUGUGGGGGGACCCCUGGGUGCUGUGAUAGCGUCCAAAUGUUCGUCUGUGCAGGUUACCGUGGUUGACAAAGAUCCAGCACGAAUUCACGCAUGGAAUUCUGAAUCCCUGCCCUUGCAUGAAUUGCAGCUCGCUGAAAUCAUCUCAGACAUUAGAGAACAUGCAGAGAAAUCGACCGAAUGCGUGAAAUCACGCCUCAUCUUCUCCACUGAUAUACAAACAGCAGUCCAAAAGGCUCAGCUCAUUUUUCUCUGCAUUGAUACUCCUACAAGAACUAGUGGCCCAGGCAGUGGCUUCGCUCCAGACCUAGGAAAUCUAAAACGGGCCAUUGAGGCCAUCGCUCGAACAGCGACAGAUGAUAAGAUACUAGUGGCAAAGUCCACUGUUCCAAGCGGGACCUCUCAGGUAAUCAGAAUGCUUUUUGAACAACAUUGUCGGCCCGAUGUCAAAUGUGAAGUCCUAUCGAAUCCUGAGUUUCUUUCCGAAGGCACGGCGAUUCAUGAUCUUCUUUAUCCUAAUAGAGUCGUGAUUGGGUCUCAGCAGACAGUGUCCGGCAAAGAUGCAGCUCGUAAGCUAGCCGGCGUUUAUCAGGCUUGGGUGCCCCCCAGCAGAAUAAUCUUCACGGACUCCUUGUCUGCCGAAUUGGGAAAACUGGCAGCCAAUGCUAUGCUUGCGCAGCGAGUAAGCAAUAUCAAUACCCUUGGCACCAUUUGCGAGGCAACCGGCGCAAGAAUCGAGUCUGUAUCGCAGAUAUGCGGCUUAGAUCCAAGAAUUGGACCGCACAUGCUAAAGGCUAGCCUAGGAUGGGGUGGAGGAUGCUUCCAAAAAGAUAUCCUCAGCCUUGUUAAUGCGACACGAAAGCUCGGCCUUGACCAGAUAGCCAGUUACUGGGAAUCUGUUGUUUGGAUGAAUGAGCAUCAUAAGUUGAAUUUUCAGAAGCGCCUUGUAUCCUGUAUGGGCGGCAGUAUCAAGGGUCGUUCUAUCACAGUUCUGGGCUUCGCCUUCAAGAAGGGCACAUCAGACACAAAAAAUUCACCAGCUAUCUCUCUGAUUAGGGGCCUCCUUGCCUGCCAGGCACAGGUGAUUAUAUAUGACCCCAUGGUGCCUGCAAAACAGAUUAUAACCGACCUGCACUUGACACCAGGGGAGCUUGAAAGAACCACAAUUUCUCACUCCCCCUACAGCGCAUGUAGUGGCGCAAACGCAGUUGUCGUGGCAACUGAUUGGGACAACUUCCUGUGUGAGCUUUCGAGAAACGAUGAGGCCCAGCCUUUAAACUGGGAACACAUCCUGAAAGUGAUGCAAGAGCCAAAGUUUAUUUUCGAUGGACGAAAUAUCUUGGACUGUGAUUUCAUCCGCAAGCUGGGUGGCCGGUAUGUGCGGGUGGGGAGCCCGUCGGAGUGGGAUCAACUCCCAGUAGCUUCACUCUGA